CUCAGCUGAAGCCCGUCUGCCGCCGCUUAUUAUUGCCUGCUCGCGCUCCCGGUACCGUCUCCGCCGCCGCUUCACGCCUCUGCCCGCACGGUUUAAACUGAUGCUCAGCUUCACGGCGGAGCGCUGCUGUCAGGAGGAAGGAGGUGGGAAGACAGUGGCGUCACUGGUAAUUAGGUGUGUGGUAUGCGUUCCCAAAAGAAGAAGAAGAAAGAGGAAUAGACUGCUGGUUGAGGACCAGCUGAUGUCCAGUCGACCAGGUUGACCCUAUGGACAGCCGGACGGUGACGACCAUGGAGCUAAAGCCGUGCAUCGAGUACCACGACCUGGAGGCUGCCGAGGCACUGGUCAGCAUGAGCUUCUGGGGUCAAAGGUCGCACAAGCCACGCCCACUGACCCCCACCUCCGACUCUUGUGACUCCAUCCAUCUCCACCCGGAGGGUGGGGACACACCCAAAGACCUGAUCGCUCUGUCCUCACUUUGUAUGACUCCACCUCACAGUCCGAGCUUUGCUGAGGCCUCCACCACCACCUCCGCUUUGAGCCCCGUCUGCAGCACAGUCUUACCCCGCCCUGGCCCCGCCCCCCUCAGUGACUCCCUCACCUGCCUCCCACAGCCCUCCUCCCCCUUCACCUCAGACACCUCAGCACUUCCACCUCAGGCAGAGUCGUCCUGCGUGGCUCCAUCCAGCAGAGCGAUGGCCACCAGCGUCAUCCGCCACACUGCCGACCCCCUCCACAUUCGUCCUCCUCCUCCACCUCCCUCCACCACUAAUCCGACAGAAACCUCCACGCCGCCUCAGCCGGGACUUCCAGAGAUUCUUCCAGAGGAGAAGGACGGACCUCCUCCGUCUCCUGACAGCCCGUCCUCUCCUCCCUCCUCAGUGUCGCCUCCUCACUCCUCCCCCCUGCCUUCAUCCUCCUCUUCCACUCCGGUCUCUUCCUCUCCGGUCCUCUGCCAGGUCUUCCCGCUGAGCAGCCGGACGGGGAUGAUCUCUGCCUUCGUCCAGGGUCCGGUUCAGGUGCAGACUCAUGGGGGGCCCAAGCCCAUCCUGCCCCAGUCUCCUUCCAGCUUUGCCCAGCCUCUGCUGGUGGGUUCCACCGUGACACAGGGGACUGUGAUGUUCGUGGUCCCCCAGCAGCACAUCCCCCAGCCGCCGCAAGGCCCGCAGACUGUCAUGACCCUCGGUAAUACCAAGCUCCUCCCCCUGGCCCCGGCUCCCAUUUACAUGCCGACCGGAGCGAGCGGCGGCACCUCGCAAGCCGACUUCUCCCGCAGACGAAAUUAUGUCUGCAACUUCCCCGGCUGCAAGAAGACCUACUUCAAGAGCUCACACCUGAAGGCUCACCUUCGCACACACACAGGUGAAAAGCCAUUCAGCUGUCACUGGGAAGGCUGCGAUAAAAAAUUUGCCCGCUCCGACGAGCUUUCCCGCCACCGCCGGACACACACUGGCGAGAAAAAGUUUGUGUGCAACGUGUGCGACCGCCGCUUCAUGCGCAGCGACCACUUGACCAAACACGCCCGGCGGCACAUGACCACCAAAAGGACGUCCUCGUGGCCUGCCGAAACCCGGGACCUCAACAAAGUGGCCCUGCCCAAAGGCCAAAAUAGAGGCUCUGCACUUCCUGUCGGCAUGCUGGUCCCCACAGCCAACUAAGACACUCAGUCAGGAGCCCCCAUGGGCCACUCGAGGGCGGGGCUCCACAUCAGGAGGAUCUUUUGUGCUCUACAAAUCGCUCGGCUGGCGAACACAGUGAAGAUGUUCACUGGGCUCCGGCUACGUUUACAUGAACAACAGGGUCAUUAACACACAGUCUGCUCUCAUUAACAAACGUUAGUUAAGAUGGCCGCCAUAUUAAACAGGUUACUGUGGCGUGAUCCACCGACAGACUCAUUAACCGACACACCAGCGCCAGGAAAGGUCAUGAAAUCAGAAGGCUUUGUCGUCUGUACGUUGGCCUUUUUAGGACAUUUCAGGCUACAUUGUCAGCUGUAACUGCAGCUGCAUGCUAAAAUUAGCAAAUUAGCAUUAUGUUUUUUUACAUGUCAUGUUGAUAUGCUGAUGUUUAGCAUGUUAACAAGCUCACAGUUAGCAUGUGUAUGCUAACAUUUAGUAAGAUAACCAUAGCAUGUAAUCUAUUAGCAUGCUAACUUGCCAACUUUAAUAUGCUGUACAUUAGCAUGCUAAUGUUAGCAUGUUAGCAAUUUUUUUACAUGUCUAAAAAAUGUUGACAUGCUGAUGUUUAGCAUGUUUACUAGCUUACAGUUAGCAUGUGUAUAUGCUAACAUUGAGUAAGAUAACCAUAGCAUGUAAUCUAUUAGCAUGCUAACUUGCCAACUUUAAUAUGCUGUACAUUAGCAUGCUAAUGUUAGCAUGUUAGCAAUUUUUUUACAUGUCUAAAAAAUGUUGACAUGCUGAUGUUUAGCAUGUUUACUAGCUUACAGUUAGCAUGUGUAUAUGCUAACAUUGAGUAAGAUAACCGUGGCAUGUUAGCUUAUUAGCAUGCUAAUGUUAGCAUGUUAGCAAAUUUGCCAUUUUUUUUACAUGUCAUAAAAUGUUAACAUGCUAAACAUCAGCAUGUUAACUAGCUUACAGUUAGCAUGUGUAUAUGCUAACAUUUAGUAAGAUAACCAUAGCAUGUAA